AUGGAUGACAUCUAUAAAGCAGCGGUGGAGCAGCUCACUGAGGAGCAAAAAAGUGAGUUUAAAGCUGCGUUUGAGGUGUUUGUGCAGGACGCUGAAGACGGCUGUAUCAGCACUAAGGAGCUGGGCAAAGUGAUGAGGAUGCUGGGCCAGAACCCCACACCAGAGGAGCUGCAGGAGAUGAUUGAUGAAGUAGACGAAGAUGGUAGCGGCACAGUUGAUUUUGACGAGUUCCUGGUGAUGAUGGUGAGAUGUAUGAAGGACGAUAGUAAAGCCAAGUCUGAGGAGGAGCUAGCCGACCUCUUCCGAAUGUUUGACAAAAACAGAGACGGUUAUAUUGACAUAGAUGAGCUUCGGGCCAUGCUGACGUCUACUGGAGAGGCCAUCACUGAAGACGAUGUAGAAGAACUGAUGAAAGAUGGGGACAAGAACAAUGAUGGGAAGAUAGAUUAUGAUGAGUUCCUGGAAUUCAUGAAGGGAGUGGAGUAAACCACACAAAUAUCAGUUUUGGGAAAACUGAGAGCUAUACGCUGAGUUUACACUUAUUUGAGAUGCAUUACUGUUUUUUGAGAUCUCACUGCUG